UGUAUUUUAACAAAACUGUGACAUUCUUUCUCUUAAGGAGAAUGGCACCAGUAUGAUGAUGUCAUAUAUCCACAACCAAAACAAGAUGUUUUGUCACGUAUUACAAACUGGUUUCAGUGGUGGGAUAACAUGAAGAGCACCUUAGUAAAGGGAAGACAGCUGGCUGGAAAGGUGAUGUUGGAAGGCAUCUUUGAUCUUCUGAGAACCUGGAGUAAAGUGAAUGUGAGAAACUUUUUUUCUCAGCUCCAGCAGUUCUACUCCACAUACAGCUGUCCCUGUGUCUAUGAGGGUGGAAAGACACCAUGGCAAUUAUCGUUUGGGGAAGAACAGGUGAGAAGUCUCCUGAAAGAGUUCAUGAAGGAAAACAUAGUUCCUCAGUCCCAAAAGAGCAGUGAAAAAGUUUUAAUCUCAGACCCACUGAAAGCAGGAAUUAUUAUCCUACUUGUGUACAACAAGUAUGGAUUAAAAGAAAACAUCAGAGAUCAGCUCGCUCUUCUGUGUCAGCUGCUCUGCCUGCCUAGAAAGCCAAGAGAAGAUUUCCUUGACUACUGGACAGACUUCACCAAAGGCCUACCCGAGCAUAUUAGUGUUGCAGAGGAAGUUAAGUCGCUAUGCAAUGUUGCAAGAGAGGGGAGUGUUGUGAGCUGGAUCUUGGUCAUCCCUCUCCUGCAUCUGCUUAAAGGGGACAGCAAGCCCUUUGAGCCCAUUCCACCCACCAUGGAUCCACUGUUUGCCACCUGGGCAGGGCUUAAAGGGAUCAAAAUAAAAGACAAUUACAGAGACACACGGGGCCUGAUGAAGGUCAUGACAGAACACAAACACCUGGUGGAGGUGGAUCACCUACUUGUGCGCUCCUGGAUGUGUCUGCUAGGGUUGGGAGACUUGAUGAGCUUUAAAUCAGUCAUCCAUGUGGGUGUCUUGGACACCCUUCAACAACUCCAGUUCAGUCUCAAGUCUGUAACGUAUUACUACAACUAUGGGGAGAAGCCCAUGCAUCAGAUUCAAAUCUACUGUGACAAGGUCGAGGAAGUGGGCAAGACAAGUCCCUAUUUGUGUAACUCUCUGGAGAAAUGUGCCUUGGAGGCAGUCACCGCCAUUUGCCAGGACAAAUCUAAUCUUCGUGAGCUGUUGAAGAAACAUGACUUCAACAAGUUUGAGAAGCUGAUGUCUGUGAUAGUCCUGAAGUCCUGGCCCAAAAAUGACGAUGGACAGUACGUCGAGGGCGAGGAGUUGGUGAUGAAGCACCUUCUCAGCUGGCCUAUGGCCAUAAGCAUCUUCCGAGUACAAGGUGCAAAUGGAGCAUUGAUUAACCGGUUGACAGAUGAAGCUAAAGAGCGAAUGGCAGUGGCAAGCUCUGCAUUCUGUUCUGUCGCAAAGAAAUUCAUCAACGGGAAAAUCCAGAUUAAGACUCUCCAUCAAAUCCUUGAAAGAAAAACAGAAUUCACUGAGUUGCUGAUGAUAGAUGACCUGUGUGACGAUGGUCGUUGUCAGGACAGGGACGCCAUGAAACGAUUACUGAGAUGGAGAGAGGAGGAAGUGGAGGCUAUCGUCAAUGACAAGAAGAUGGUUGACAGCCUUCUCAUAUUUUGCCACAAACUCCAGGAACAUCUCAAAAUCGAUGUGAGAGAGCUGCAGCGCAAAAACCAAGAGAACAUAGAUCAGAUGACGCUGGAUGAUUUCAUGGAAGUUCACAGACUUGACCGUGACUCCUCUAAUGUAACUGGGGUGGUCACAUACUUCAACCUGUGUGACGACACCAGGCAGAUGGCAUCUAGCCUACGUGCUAUCAGGGACAGCUACAUUUUCACUAUGUGUUGGGAGAACCAAGCCAAAGAGCUUUCACACAACCAACUUGACACAGAUGAGACAGAAGCAAAGCCUGAGAGGGAGACAGAAGUGUACACUCUCGAUCUGAUCCACAGCGACAUAUUCCAGAGUUGCAACGAUAAUUACACGAGGAUCUAUGAGAGUUUGAAAUCUGGUACGAUACCAUUGGAGGAGGUGGAUCGCAUCUUUGAAGCCUACAAAGACAAGUACAAAGACAUGGAAGACGAUCUGAAGAUAAUGUGCAGGAUCAACUCAUCUGAUGAUGGAAGAUGGAUCAAGAGCAGGCUCCAGCAAAUCCAACAAUACCAUGACCUUCAUCUAGCAUUGGAAUCAGCCAAGGUCAUUAUGGAUGUCAGAGAGACUGUCUGUCCUCAGGGGGACUUCAAAGUGCUACAGACACUGCUAGAUAUGAACACUGAGGACUUUAAGGAAGAGAGUCUGAAUCGCAUUGAUGACAAUUUGCUGGAGAUCAAGAAGGAUCUUGAGGACAUCACAGAACCUCGCAGACAGUGUCUUCGAGAGCUCGGACUGAGGAGAAACUUUGUCAAAUGGGUGAAAGAAGCUCUUGAAGAUAUCAACGAGCUGAAAGUGUUUGUUGACCUGGCCUCCAUCUCCGCCGGAGAGAACGACUUGGAUGUGGACCGUGUAGCCUGUUUCCAUGAUGCUGUUCUUGGUUACUCCUCCAUGCUCUAUGGGCUUCCACCAGAUGCCGACUUUCAUGCCUUCAAGGAUGCUUUGACAAAACUGUGGAAGGCGCUUGGAAAUGACAGCAACAUACCAAAUAAGCUGCGGGAUACUGCACGCCAUUUGGAGUGGCUGAAAACGGUGAAGGACAGCCAUGGUUCGGUGGAACUCUCUUCUCUAUCAUUGGCCAAAUCCAUCAACACAAGAGGCAUCUACAUUAUCAGUGCACAAAACCAGAAGAAGCUGUGUUUAGACACUGCCCUGAAGCUGCAGAUUCCAGAGCAGCAGGAGGAAGAUCAGAUGCGCAACUACUCCUUAGAAGACCUGAGAGAUCUGCAGAACAAGCUAAUGCUGAUGUCUGGAAAGGGGGAACAAAGCCAGAUUGAGGUGGAUCACUUUACUGAGGUUUUUGACAGUGUCCAGAGGCUAGCUGUAGCGUUUGUAGAUCUUUAUGCAGCUGGGAACCCACUUUUUAGGUGUUGGGAAGCCAAGAUUCACUGUAAUACUCAAAGUGAUACUGGUAUCGUAAUGGAAUUCAACCUUGGCAACAUUCUACAAAACAUAAUGGUGGAGGGCAAUGCAAUGGACCAUCUUACAGACCUGUGCAGGAAGAUAGAGGUGUGUUUGGAUGACUGGAACAGAUUCAUGGACAAACAAAGAUCUCAGCACUAUUACCUCAACUAUUACACCGCAGAGCAGAUAGUCUACCUUUGUAAUGUGUUGACAGAGAAGAAUUUGAACACUAAGUUGGAUGAAAAAGUGUUGAUGAUGCUCUCUUUCAUCAAACCUGACUGCUCCGUGUCAGAUGUGUGGGAGACGUGGAUGACUUUUCAGAACAACAUGACAGAAACCGAGCAAGAUGACGACACCAGAUUUCAGACAUUCAUUGACCUUCAUAAUGACAUGGAAGACGUUGAUUCUUCUUUUGCUGAUGAGGGAAAAUGUGCCAUUGAUGUUCUGCAGAGCCUUCUGGAUCAGGCUGUUGGUUUACGAAAACUGGAUCUGGUCUGGGAUGCUUACAUGAAAGAUAUGAGGAGUAUUCUCCAGGACUCAUUAGACACCAGAAGCUUUGGUAGAUUGCUAGAGAUGUUGGCCAACAAAGAGAACCAGGAAGAAGAUGAUGAGGAACCCAUGUUUUUAGAACCAAGUGAGAAUACAGUCCGGAGAAAGCUCCCAAAAGGCCUCUUCAGUUGUCAACCUAAUCUCAUAAUCUGCCCACAAGAUGAAAUCUUGACUUCAAGCAUCUGCUUGUAUAUGACCAGUGAUUAUGAGCAGCUGCCUACCUACGAUGAAGUCCUACUGUGUACCCCUGCCACGUCCUAUGAGCAGGUGGAGCUUUUCUUCCGCCGAUGUCUCACACUAGGCUACUUGGGUGAGAAGAUCUAUACCCUGCUCUUCGCAGACCAGCUGAGCUAUGAGGUGAGCUACGCAGUGGAGAAGUUAUUUCAGAAACUGAGUUCAUGUUCCAGGAGCAACUACAGGUUGGUGAUCAUCUGCAGCGCAGAAAGAGAGCACACCUACAUCCCCUCUGCCUUCAUUCAGUUCAAACGGAACAUGGUGCCACAGGAGUCUCUUGAGAGGAUUCAGAGAUACCUGUCCAGGCAUUACACUGUCCCCUCACACCAGACCAGUGCGGCAUCUGUGUUCAAAGGUCGACACUUUGUUGGGAUUGUGUCUUCCCAGAGGGCUGGAGUUGGAAAAUCUCUGUACAUACAGAGGUUGUAUGAAAAACUGGAGGGGACUGUGACAAUGGGAACCACAUUCCGUAAAUGCAUUCGCUUAAUUGAGCCCAAGGUCGAUGAGCAUAUCAUUCUUCAGUCCUUGUUUGAAACGCCAGAGAGCAAGGAACACAAAGUCUUUCAUUUUGAUGUCACAUCCUCGGUACAGAAAGGCAUGCAUGAAUUUCUAUUCAAACUGUUCUUCCUGCGUUACCUGACGGAUUCCGAUGGACUGAUGUGGAAAUGCAGCAACAAGCACUUGUAUGUGAUUGAGACACUACUAUCCACCAAUGAACCGCUCAGACAUGCUUCAAGAUCUGUAAGUGUCAAUCUUUUUUUUUUUUUUUUUUGUCAUGUCUUUCCUAAGGUCUUCUGCCGUCCACCGAAAGAGGUUAUGGGGUUGGAAGCGAGAAAUGGCGACGAUCCAGUACUGGACACUGAGGACCCACUCAUGGAUGACCAGUGUUUCAGGAGUGAGACCUUUCAAAGACCAUACCAGUAUCUAACACGGUUCCAUAGGGGUGAAAAUCUCGACAGCUUCAACUACCAAAGAGUUGAAGGAACUCAUGCAGAGUGUCUUCAAAUGCUCUUCAUCUACUGUGGUAUAAUUGAUCCAUCCUGGGCAGAGUUGAAGAACUUUGCUGGAUUCCUCAAUCUUCAGUUGCUAGACUGUGAGACAUCGGAUUUCUGCAACUUUGAGUUUGUUGGAGACACUCUUAGGGGAUUCAGAAACUUUGUGGUUGACUUCAUGAUCUUGAUGGCCAAGGACUUUGCCACUCCGUCUCUCUGCAUCGCUGACCAGAGCCAUGGGAGGCAGCCGAUGGACACUGGACUCAACGAAAGAGAUCUAGCCCCGUUCCUCAUCAGGAAGAGAUGGGAAUCAGAACCGCAUCCAUACAUCUUCUUCAAUGAUGACCAUGUGUCCAUGACCUUCAUUGGAUUUCACCUACGGCUGAACGAGCAAAAUGGGGUUGACGCCAUCAAUCCAUUAACAAAUGCGGUAAUCAAGAGAAACAUUAUGACCAAAAACCUGUACAAUGGCCUCAGACAUCAAAGAGUUCCCUUUAACAUCGACUUUGACCAACUUUCUCGAGCAGAUAAGAUUGAGCGUCUAUGUAGUGUGCUGGGGACCAAGUGGCCAACAGACCCUGAUGAAACGUAUGAGCUCACCACCGACAACAUACUUAAGAUGAUGGCCAUUCACAUGAGGUUCAGGUGUGGCAUUCCAGUCAUCAUAAUGGGGGAGACUGGCUGUGGGAAGACACGGCUCAUCAAGUUCCUGUGUGAGUUGAGAAGGAGUGGGGCGCCCACGGAGAACAUGAAACUCGUCAAAGUUCACGGUGGAACUACAUCUGACAUGAUCUACAACAAGGUGCGGGAGGCAGAGAAGAUUGCGGUUGCCAAUAAAGAGAAACACGAUUUUGAUUCUGUUCUUUUCUUCGAUGAAGCUAAUACCACUGAAGCAAUAAGCAGCAUUAAGGAGAUCCUAUGUGACAACACUGUGCAAGGACAACAACUCAGCUCCCAAACUGGCCUGCAAAUCAUUGCUGCUUGCAAUCCUUACAGGAAACACACAGAUGAGAUGAUCAAGAGGCUGGAGGCAGCUGGUUUGGGGUACAGGGUCCGAGCUGAAGAGACUGAAGAAAGACUUGGAUCAAUCCCUCUUCGUCAGCUGGUGUAUAGGGUCCAAGUGUUGCCCCCGAGCAUGAUCCCUCUGGUGUGGGACUUUGGGCAACUCAGUGAUCACACAGAGAAAAUGUACAUCCAGCAGAUUGUACAGAGAGUUGUGGAAACAAAUUCAAUCAACAGAGGAUCCAUCAGGAUGAUCACUGAUGUGCUGUCGUCAUCACAGGGAUUUAUGAGAGAGAGGAAAGACGAAUGCAGCUUCGUCAGUCUCAGGGAUGUGGAGCGCUGCAUGCAAGUAUUUGUGUGGUUCUACAACAACCACUCACUGUUUCAGGAUGAGUUAAAAGCAUUCCUCCAGAAACAACCCCAGGAGGAGAGGAGCAGGAGUGACCAGCUACACUCACCUGCCAGUGAUCCAGUUGUUUGGUCACUGUUGAUGGCUGUUGGUGUAUGUUAUCAAGCCUGUUUAGAGACAAAAGGUGAAUACCAGACCGCAAUCUGCAAAUUCCUUCCCGAAGUCAUCCCAAAGCAGAUGAAGCAGGAAAUCUCAGUCAUGCAGGACCUUCUCCUAAGCGGUGUCCCAAUGGGAGAGACAAUAGCAAGAAACAAGGCUUUGAAAGAGAAUGUCUUCAUGAUGGUGAUCUGUAUCGAGUUACGAAUCCCCCUGUUUUUGGUUGGCAAGCCUGGGAGCUCCAAAUCUCUGUCUAAAACUCUGGUUGCAGAUGCCAUGCAGGGCCAAGCUGCACAUUCUGAACUGUACAAAAGGCUGAAACAGGUUCACCUGGUGUCCUUCCAGUGCAGCCCUCACUCCACGCCAGAGGGCAUCAUCAACACAUUCAGACAAUGUGCCCGCUUCCAAGAGAGCAAGAAUUUGGAGGAGUACAUCUCUGUUGUUGUGCUAGAUGAGAUUGGAUUGGCAGAGGACUCCCCAAAAAUGCCUCUGAAAACAUUGCACCCUUUACUGGAGGAAGGCUGCAUUGAUGAUGAGCCGCUGCCUCAUAAGAGAGUUGGAUUCAUUGGCAUCUCCAAUUGGGCCUUGGACCCUGCCAAGAUGAACAGAGGCCUCUUUGUGUCCCGUGGUGACCCAGACCAAAAUGAGCUACUUGAGAGUGCGAAAGGCAUAUGCUCAUCUGACAAGAUGAUUCUGGAGAAGGUUAGGCACCUCUUCAGACCUUUCUCCCAAGCAUAUAUGACGACUUGCAGGAAAGGCAAAGGGUUUUUCGGUCUACGAGAUUACUAUAGUCUAGUGAAGAUGAUGUUCGCCAUCACCAAGGCCUCUAAGCAGAGCCCCAGUACAGGUAAAAUCAUUGAAGCAGUCCUAAGGAACUUCAGUGGAAGGGAUGAUGUGGACGCAGUGCGUAUAUUCACCAAAGAGCUGUCGGGCCAAUUCAUUCCACCUGAUUUGGAUGGCAUCAGCACUAUUGAUCUGGUGAAACAAAACAUUGUUUCCAUUUACCAAGAUGAGGAGUGCCGAUAUCUCCUUGUCCUCACCAAAAACUAUGCGGCCCUUCAGAUUCUCCAGCAGACAUUCUUCUCAGACAACAACCAUCCAGAGAUCAUCUUUGGUUCCAGCUUCCCAAAGGAUCAAGAGUACACUCAGAUCUGCAGAAAUAUCAACCGAGUGAAGAUCUGCAUGGAAACUGGCCAGACUGUUGUGCUUCUGAACCUUCAGAAUCUGUACGAAAGUCUCUACGACGCUCUAAACCAAUACUAUGUUUCACUUGGGGGUCAGAAGUAUGUCGAUCUUGGAUUGGGAACCCAUCGUGUGAAGUGCAGAGUUCACAAAGACUUCCGGCUAAUUGUCAUUGAAGAGAAAGAGGUGGUCUACAAGCAGUUCCCAAUUCCCCUGAUAAACCGUCUGGAAAAGCACUACCUGGACAUCAACACUGUUCUCAAGAAGGACCAGAAGGAGAUUGUCGAACAACUAAAGGAAUGGGUCAAACACUUUGUCUCCUUGAAAAGUCAACAGUCCAAAACAGACCGCUACAAGCCACAUGAUGUCUUCAUUGGUUACCACUCAGACACAUGCUCCUCUGUGGUCCUGCAAGUGACUGAGAAGAUGAAAAUUGAGUCUGACGAAUCUGACACUCAGAGGAGAGUCCUGGAUGAAGCCAAACUUAUCAUGCUGAACUGUGCAACUCCAGAUUCUGUCAUUCGACUUGACGGGACUAAAUUAUCUGAUGAUGAGACCGAGAACCUGACGCAAAUCUAUUUUGAGGAGCAGAAUCAUCAUUCCCUGGCAGACUUCAUUGCCUCUCACACACAAGAGGAGGAAUGGUUGCAUUACUACUUUACAGAGGUCACAACAUUUUCCCGGCUAUUGACAGCAGCAGAUAUCCAUCAGCUGCAGAACAUCACAGAGCGUUGCGACUUCAAGCUUCUCUCGCUGCAACAGUUUGACACGGAGCACUCCUUCCUCAAAGAAAUCAGGCAAUUUCUUGACUCCACAUCUGCCGACAAAGUCCUCAUCAUCCAAACAGACUAUGAUGAGGACUCCCAGAGCAUGAACAUUCUGGCAUCUGCCAAAUAUUCAUCCAUAAAUGAAAUAAACAAAUCAAAAGAAGGUGACAAUGGAAGGGUGUUUGUAUACUUUGUUACCAAACUGCCCCGAAUUAAAGGUGGAACCUCCUAUGUUGGAUUUCAUGGAGGACCCUGGAAAUCAGUUCACAUUGACGACCUUAGAAAAUCCAAAGAGUUUGUAUCAGACGUCCAGUCCUUGAGAAAGCUACCCAUCAGCCAACUUUUUGAGAAAAUUGAAGAGCCGUCCGAGGCAAUGCAAACAGAUGACACAUACAUCGAGGCACAUGGGGUAGAGCACUCUGCUGAGUUUGAUGCCACAGAUCUGAUGCGAAGCUGUGUGCAGAGUGCAGUGAGCAUGCUCAGAGAUCAGGAGGACAGUGGAGCUCUCAGCACCAGGAGGGUUGAGAUCCUGCUGACACUUCUGGACGAUAGCGAGGACCUGAAAGCUACGUUCCUGACAACCCUGAGAAGCCGUCUUCACUCUCUUCUGGAGAACCGUGAGAGAAACAUCCCCUCCCCCAAGUACUGGGUGUUAACGGAGGCAUCCAACAUCGAUGCUCUUCAGGAGGGGGGAACCUUCACACAAACUCUAUGGAAGAAAAUCCAAGCAGUGGUCACACCCCUCUUGGCCCAGUUGGUCUCAGUCAUCGACAGGGACUGUAAUCUUGACCUUCUGCUGGACAGCAACAGUGGGGAGGAAGUCAGAAACCUGUGGCUGAAGAUAUUCGGCAGUAACGAGAUGCUUGAUAUUCCUAACGUUGAUCUCAAUUCUGAGUCUAAGACCAUCCUGGUGCAGAGCCAUGUCACAGCUGAGAGGACCAUGUGCUGCACUAUGCCCUUUAGCUGGAGGAUCAGAGAUAUCCUGGAUGAACUAUUGAUUCAAACUCAGCAGACCAGAGGACGUGUCGAGGUGUUCUUUGAGAAAAUCCCCCUUGGUCAGUAUCUGGCUACAUCGGGUGAGAAACUGCAGAGGGAAUUUUUCCAAAGGUACCUGCAGGACUUCAUUGCCAUGACGAUGAAAGUGGCUUCGGAGGCGGAGUUAAAGCAUCUGUGUGAAGCCCUGAGCUGCUGUGUGAAUGAGCUCCAGAGGCGACGAAAAGCUCCAAGUGAAGAGAUUCCCUCCCUGCCCCUGAUCCACACUGCCUACAACAUGUACCGUACCCGUCUGCACAACCUCACCAGGAUGAUGUCGUUGCAACCACAGGUGGUUCAUCACUUGCAGAGAAUCCCACUAGUGAAGGACAGCCCAGAGAUGGUUCUGGAUGUCUAUGCAGCAGUUGCCUGUGUUGAGCUCCUGGAACCCCCUGCAUUGGACUCUGAUGCCCAGUGCCAGGACUGGCUGAAGCAGGUGAAAAGACUGAAGGGGUCUAUGGAGCUGGUCUGCUCCCAGAGAAGCCUGAAGCAGUAUGGAGAGAGGAGCCGGGAACUGUUUGACUACAUCUGUAAUCAUUGGAACCGUAUCUGCAUCGUCUUUCUGUUUGUGGAACACAUGCUGCUAGGCUUUGAGUCUGAGGAGAGGGAGCUCAAGUCUCUGGUCCUUGAUCACACUCGUACCUUAGGCAAAAUUCUGGCAAAAAACUCAGACGUAAAAUCGGAGGAACCAUUUGCGGCCAUCAUUACAGUACUGAAGACUUGCAAGCAAAAAGCAAGUGAUCUGAUUUGCAAGUUUGGUUUCCAGUGCCGUGUGUGCAUGGGGGAACCACAAGACCCGGUGGACCUGCCCUGUCACCACAUCUUCUGUCUGACCUGUGUCAGAGGCUGUCUCAACACAGGCCAAAUGUACUGCCCCAUGUGCAAACACGAACUCCCAGAUGACUUCCAGGUCAAAGUGUCUGAGGACAUAAGAGCUUGCAUCACCCUAAACGCCCAGUUCAGGCAGAGUUGCAAUGCGUUUUUCAUAGACCUGGUCACUACUGUGUGCUUCAAGGACAACAUCCCCCCAUCAAAAGGUGUCAUCCUGCACCUGUUGUCCUUCCUCAUGGUCGAGACAGAACCCAUCCCACUCAUCAGAGCACAAAGUCAGAUACACACCAAAGAUUUCUCACCAUUUGAUGAGUCUAUGGACAAGAAUCCUGUGGUGCGAUCAGUGAUACUCAAGCUUCUGCUCAAGUACACCUUUGAUGAAGUCAAAGAAUAUCUGCAGCAGUAUUUGACAUUGAUAGAAGAGAGCAACAUUCUAGAGGCUGAGGAUAAAAAUGAACUUUAUGCGCUCCACAUCAACUGCCUUGAGGACUCCAUGUUCGACAGAAAACCACAUGAAUGUCAGAAGCCUGCAGAUCAGCAGGCCUACCUGCAGAAAGAGACUGAGUUCUUGAGUCACUUCCUGGACUCUGUCACUGCGUCGGCUGAGACUGUCACAAUAGAGUACCUGCAACAGAUCGCGAGGGUCCGUCUAUGCCUGGACACGGCUGCACACUUGCUCCAUAGCACACAGUCUGGGGAAUGUGAAGAUCCUCAGGACGCGGUCGAGGAGUUCCUGUGCGCUGUUAGGAGCCUGUGUAAGGAGAGUAAGAACGACUGGUACCGGGUUUAUCUGAUCCGCAACAUCAGCAGCCAGCAGGGUGUAGAGUAUGUCCAGAGGAUGCUGAAGGAUACAGAGAAGUACGGGUGGCUUUUUCCUGAAGAGGUGCAGCAACAGAAUGAAGAUGUUGGCCAGAUGGACCAGUAUCUCGUCUAUGGAGACGAUUACCAGGAUAUCCGCGAGGCUGUUGCCAAAGCAGUACUAGAGGACAGUGUGCAGGAGAUUGAGGAUACCUGUCAGAGAUGUACUGCACCUGCAAGGAGGCGGACCUUGUAUAUCCUGCUGGCUCUUUUCAGAGAAGUCACCAGUCUGUACCGAGCAGCCAACACAGGCCUCCACCCCACCCUUAAGCAAUGCAAAGCACUUGAGGACUUCAUCGAGGGAUCAAGAUACCUAAAUCGCAGGGAAGUGAGGGACUUUGCCAAAGAAUUGGUUCACAACAGGAUGGGAGGACUGAGUGUCCUGGCAGACCGGUCCAGUGUGGAGCACACCCUUAUAGAGCUGGCUGUCCACAUGUCUGCUGUGCUGCUCACUGGGACAGAAGGGCUGCUCACACCACUACAGCAGCUUGGCCUGUCUCCCAACAAUAUGCUGAGUGCCUUUCUACCCUCAAUGCCUGAGGACAUGCUGGUUGUCGCUCAAAGGCUUAUAACACAGAAUAAAGUGGACUAUGGACUCUCCUGGUACUCUUGUCCGAAUGGUCACCCCUGUGUUGUGGAUAAGUGUGGUCAACCCACCCAGAAGGCAAAAUGUCUAGAGUGUAGGGCGGAGAUUGGAGGGGAGAACCAUGUUCCCUUGACUGGUUUCCAGAAGAUGGAGCUACAGCAGGGAGAUCUCACAAGGACUGGCCACAUCCUGGGAGACCCUCAGAGGAGGGACAACCCAGACACCCUGGACACCAAAAACAUGUCCCUCACCCCCUUCAUCCUGGUCAGACUGCUCACCCACCUGGCCAUGCUGAGAGGGGCCUCAGAGCAGCCACAGUUCAUCCAGCAGAUCAUACAGCCUCCAGUCCAGGACGCCUGCGAAUUUCUGAUUUGUCACCUGCUGAAAGACAUGGAUCAGCUGACCAAAGCCCUGGGGAAGGGAACUGAUGACACGGUCACCACCGUCCACCUGAUAGUCAGAUCCAUUCUGGAACCACCACCGACCAAUCACUUGCCGGCUGACAAUGAUCCCCAACUCUCAACUAAAGAGGCCAGAAAUACCUGGGAGACAACUGUUGCUACUGACAUCAUCACUCCUCAGUUGAAGAACCUUGACCAGCAGCUGAGGGAGGUGAACGCCACCAUCAGAGACGACUCCCGUGUCUCCUCUAACUUCGUCAUGAGGGUGACAUUUGGGGACGAGUGUCCGUUGUCCUCCCUGCCUCAGGGCUCCCAGGUCCACUGUUCAGGGGUUUGGAGCUGCAGAGAGAGGGUGUCCCUACUCAGCCUCACCCACAUCGUAGAGCAGAAUGACGGAAAGGACAAGCUGCCAUUACUCUGGAGGUUCCUACAGAAGGAGGCGGAGUUUCGGCUGGUCAAGUUCCUUCCUGAUAUCCUGACCCUACAGAAGAGUCUGGUGAACAAGUUCCAGAACUCAUCAGACCUGAUGGAUGUCUCCAUCAGAGAGUUCAUCCAAAGACAGUCAGGACCAAUGAGAGUGUGGUACGAGAAGCGAGUCCAGAUAUUUCUGAACACAUGGAACCUGCUCAGAGUAUCUGUAGCCACCAAUGAGAUAAAGAUCCCAGAGGACUUCUGGAAGGAGGAUUUGGACCUGGACAGUGACCUCCAGUACCUCCUGCCGCGGCGCCAGGGUCCAGGCUUGUGUUCCACGGCUCUGCUAAGCCACCUGGUGGCCCUUCACAAUGAGCUGCUGCACUCUGUGGACCGCCACACUGGGGAAGACACCAGCUACAAGGUGAGCCUGUCAGAGCUGACAGAGCUGCAUGUGAUCCGCUAUGAGCUGGAGAAGGACCUGCUGCCCCUGGUGCUGUCUAACUGCCAGUACAGCUUAGAGCGUGGCAAGGAGACCCUGUCUGAGUACGACCUGCCCAAGAUCCAGCAGCAGGUUCUUACCCGCUUCCUGCAGGGCAAGCCUCUCAUCACACUGACUGGAAUCCCCACUCUGGUCACCAGACACGAGAGAGAUUAUGACAUCAUUUUCAAAAUGGUGAAAGGAAAUGUGUCUCAGGAGCAUCUGCCAUCGCUGACCCUCACAGCCCUGUCCAGGGAUCUGCAGUCGUACAGUGAGGUGUGUGAAGCCCUGAAGGCUGUAGAGCUGGCUCUGGGCUUCCUGUCCAUGACUGGGGGAGAUUCCCAGAUGCCCCUGGUCUGCUACCUGGAGAACAUGCUGAAGAUGGGCGAGCAGAUGGACUCUAACAUCCUAAAGGCUCUGGGCAGGUGCAGUCUGAAGCACUGUGUGGCUCUGUGGCAGCUCCUGUCUUCCCUCAAAUCAGAGAACAUGCUGAAGAGUCUGAAGAGGGACCCUUUCUCUGGGGUGUCUGCAGAGUACCAGCAGCCUCUGGAGGAGGAACAGAAGAGACUGCUCCAAGGAUUCAUCUCCAAGGGUCACGUUGACACCUGGCUGCUGGAGAUGCACGAGUUCCUCCUGCUGAAUCUGGGGAAACCACAUGUCUCAGAUACCUACAGACCAGACUGGAGUGUCAAAGAGACGUUGGCUGGAUACAUGGACCGCAAAGAAGUAGAAGUCCUGCCUGACGUGGAGGCCUCCUUCCCAGACGAGAUACUCCUCUCACAGAUUGUAGAGACCUGGAAAUUUACUGUGACUUCCCAACAGGAAUGGAUUAUGUAAUUGAUCAACUGUCCAUUUGAAUGUAAAUGGCUACUAUAAACAAUCAGGGAAAUGCUAGAGUAGAUAACAGGAGUAGCCUCUCAUAAACACCAUUUGUUAUUAGCCUUUAAGUGAUAGCACAGUACAGUAUGUGCCCCACUGACACUCCAGAUGUAGACAGAGCAUAUUCAAAUGGUAAAUAUGAAGAAUCAUGCCUUCCUCCAUGCAAAAAAACUGCUUUGAAUGUGAUUUUCCCUGACUGUUAGAAGUAAUAUUUUUUAGUGAAUCUUUUUUUUAUGUUCAUUUUUGGGGGAAAUAUAAUUUACGUUGAGAUUUUAUUCAAACUUUUCUAUAUUUUUUUUUGAUGAAGUGUAAAAUUGUUUAUAUUUUUCUCGUUUUUACCUCGUUUUUUAAAAAUAGGUUCGCAAUCUUCAGACUGUUGUUAUUUGGCGUUUCUUCCAAGAUAAUAUAUCCUGACACCAUUGACUUUAGAUCAGUGGGUGCUAUGGGUCCAUUUUGUCUAAUUUGCAGCCUUGUUAGUGAAUGCCAUUAGAAUUGUAUCUGGUUGAGAAUUCAGUAUAGCCCUCAUCUCCAAAACAUAUAACUUUUUAGUUUUUUGUUCUGAUUGAAUAUGAGUAGAUUCUUUGCUUUGUCUUAAGUCAUUUGUCCAAUCAUGACAUCCUGAAUUAAAGGGGCUGGAGCCAUCAUCGCACUUUGAGAUGCCAUUA